UCAACUCUGAAAGAGACGAGAGUCGCCAUGCGUUGAGCUCGCUUCACUCGAGCAUGAAUUCAGCCGGAGACGUAGCCCUCAGACUAGAGGGAUGGAUAUCGAUAUGCGAUAACUCCGAACAAGCCCAAUGGAAGAAACGCUACUGCGUUCUCUCACAAGACGAUCGCCGCCUCCGUUUCUUUGAGAACAAAGAAACAGUCGUCGUCUCGUCGCCAGUGCCGGUCGCGCGAUUAGACAACGAUGAGAAGGAGCAGCAGACAAAGAGCAAAUCGAGCGUCAAGCAGGCGCUGAAGCCUGUCGAUGGCUCCGUGCGUCGUCAACCGUCCGACCACUCAGACUCGGAGGAGCUAAAGCGCGUACCCAAUCAGUCUGACGCCUCGACGUCGGGAUUUUCAAAGUUCAGAGCAUCUCUGAGAAAUAAACGGAACAUGAGCAAGAAGUCUCUGUCUGACAAGAAAGAGGAAGAGAAGAAGAAUCGUUUCAAACGAUCAAGAAGUCUGACUCGAGGCGAAGGGAGACAUUUUAGUCGACAGUUGGUCAAUAGCCGACAGAUCGGACGAUCACUGGACUCGUUGGACAAUGUGACUCCAUUUGGGGAUCAUAAUAGCUUUAUUGACUUGGCAUCUGCUAACCCUCCCGUUGUGAGACUGUGUCAUCCAAGCAUCGCCCCAAGCGAACAUUGUUUUGACAUCAUCUUCGGCCAUGCCGUUGUUCAUUGCAAGUGCAAGGAAGAAGAACAGAUGCGAGUGUGGGUCGACAGUUUGAAGAGAUGUAUUAAUUGGGGAAGAGACAACGAAGCGAGAGAAGACAUCGACUUGACUGUGUGGAUAAUGGAUGUGAAGGGAUUGGCAAAGAAAGGGAAAUAUCACUGUGAGUUGUUACUCGACUCUCAAGUGUGCGCUCGUACAACCAUCAAGGUCUACAGCGAAAGUCUCUUCUGGGGUGAACAUUUCUACUUCUGUGACGUUCCACCUAUCAGCUCAGUGACAGUGAAGAUUCACAAAGAGCCGCCGGAGAGGAAGUCGGAUAAGAAACGGAAAGGAGGCUUAGUGGGCACAGUAGAAAUUAAAGUGGCAGAGAUUACACGUAAGCAGGGGAUUGAAGUGGAGAAGUGGUAUCCAGUGACAUCGACGUCACAGAAACAAGACGGGGCGACGAUGAGAGUGAAAGCGAGAUAUCAGGUUGUAUUGAUUAAUCCUUUGCGCGUCUACAAUGAAUUCUUUCAGUUUCUUGAGGAACGUUACUCUACCCUCUGUGAGGUCUUAGAGCCCGUAAUUCCGGCUAAGAGCAAAGAUGAAAUUGCACAGACACUGAUUCGUAUUUUACACUCGGGAGGAAAAUCGCGACAGUUUCUACUCGAUAUCGUGAUGGCAGAAGUAGAGCAUCUAGAGGAUGAGAACUUGAUCUUUAGAGGCAACACGUUUGCCACUAAAGCAAUGGACACGUACAUGAAAAUGGUCGGAGAUCGGUAUCUUAAAGAGACAUUAGGUAAAUUUAUCCACGAUCUCUAUGAAACAGAAGAGGAAUGUGAAGUUGAUCCGUCUCGACUUCCACAAGAAGCCGAUCUGAAAACGUGUCAAGAGACUCUCAUGUUGUUUGUUGAUAAAGCGUGGGCAAAGAUAGUUAGUUCGUAUACAAAGUUUCCUACGGAGCUGCAGGCUGUGUUUCACGGAUUUCAUCAGAAACUGGUGGGCAAGAAGGACAAUCUGAAGAAGAAACUGAUUAGUGGCUCGAUCUUUCUGAGAUUCUUUUGUCCUGCAAUUCUCUCACCAAGUUUAUUUCAUCUUGUCCAAGCAUACCCAGACGAGAAAACAAGCCGAAGACUAAUGCUAGUGGCCAAAGUACUACAAAGUCUAGCCAACUUCACAAGGUUUGGUCAGAAGGAAUCCUACAUGUUUUGUAUGGACGAGUUCUUUGAACGAGAACUGCCAAACAUGUAUCAUUACAUCGAAAAGAUUUCGGGGGCACCAAAUGAAGAAGUCGUGCCGUCGGCUCAUACUAACAUUGAUGUUGGUAGAGAGUUGGCGAUAAUGCAUCGUAUCCUAUCGGAUUAUAUCAAUAAUCUCUCACCGGCCGAUGUCGCUCGUAUUGCUCCUCUCUCGUUCAUCCUCCAAUCGAUCACAAACUACUCGUCGGAAUCAUUAGAUCCGGUCCGUAGCUACUCAUUCCCGAACCUCCCCGACAUCAUGAGCUCGCCCCUCAGCUUCUCCAACCCACUCAUCAGCGUUGAGGACGAACAUAAUGGCACAUCGUCUAGUGAGAGGCUUGCCAACCAACAGCAUCUUUCCUCCCUUCACGGCCGUCACCCGUCGACGCUUCACGCGAUUCACAAUCCGACCAGCAAGUCUCCUGCACACACGCUCCCCAGUAACUCGGAGAGAUCUCCGUUUGCUGCACUGGAGACGCGUCGUCGUUCGUCGCCGAUUAUUGCGGCAAAGAUACAGCAGCUGCAGAUGCAGCAGUACCGACAACGACAACCAAGUCACGGUGGGAUUAUGGUUCUAGAGUCGGAGUCGGAUAGUUCGGGUUCGUCAGGGAACGAGGCUACAGGUGGUAAGCAAUCGCGACGGUCUCUGCCGUAUGCGCCGAGUGUGAGUCUGGUGAAGCAGACGGGAGCGAUGACUGGCAAUCAACCAAAAAUGGGAAAAAGUCUGUCCGCCCAUCCUGUCUUCCCUCCCAGACACCGACGAGCAAACUCGGGUCAAGACUUCUCGUCCUUCCUUCUCAACCCAUCCAUAGCAUCCAGCCAAGCCAGUCUGUGUAGCAGCGUGUCAGUAGAAGAGCUCAAUCAGAAUCAAGAAUUGCACGACAGACUGAGCCAAAGCGAAAUGAAAGUACGACUGAGUACGGAGCGAGAGCUCAAGUUGAGCGCCGAUCUAAAACAGACACAAGACAAGCUGCUCUCCGAGCAAUCGGCACACGAAAAGGAGGUCAACGAGCUACGACAGGAACUCGAGAAAACCCAACGGUUACUAGCACAGCAAGAAGAACGAAGCAACGAACUGAGCAAAUCGCUGAAACGUGUGAUCGAGAGCGAUCGCCAAGUAAAGAAGGAACUACGCGAAGUCCGCGAGUCGCUCUCGUCGAAACAACACCUCAUCAUGGUACAACAAAUGCGCAUGCGCGGACUUGGAACGGCAAACGCCAAACUCAUGUCCGGCCUCAACGACCUCCACAGGCGGAGCCCACUUCGUGGAGCCAUGAAUGGCACGGCAGAGGCGUCGGCAAGUCCGAUUUCACCCGAUCUAAUGGAGGUGAUCCGGAGCCUACAGAAUCCAGGCGGCGGAGACACGCCGUGAGAACGACGAUUUCACUCACAACGACGACGUGUAACUAAGGUAUUUAUCUUGUGGGCGUGAGGAUCGGUUACUACUGUUUCUAUUGACGCAUCGAACUUAUUUUUAACGGAGUUCUAGUUGUCACAUUUUAGACAGGCUUUAACGACUUUGCUUUCAAUUGCAAUCUCCAGUAAUUAACUAAUUUAUUAAGGUAAUCCAUCA